CAGAAUAUUACCAGCUUGGCUCAGAGCUGUAAGGGCUAUGAACAGAGACAUACAAACCGACAGAUUACACCAAAGAAAAGAUCAAGUUUCCCGAAAACAGACAAAAUGGACGGAAUCUCUCUGCGUGCCGUGAGAAUUGAGUGCGUGCUGCGAGUCCUCGAGCAGGCUAUAGAGAUAAUUAAGAUAUCGUUGAUCCUGCCCAAGUUGCUGGAGGAGCCCCAAACACUGCGCCGGGUGCUCGAGGGCACAUCUUACGAGGAGAUCCUGAAGCCGGUUGAGGAUCUGUUGGAGAGCCAUAUGAACCGCAUGGGGGCAGAGCUCACGCUGCCCAUCGACCACAAAACGAUCAAGAUACUCGAUUACUUUCAGAAGAACUACCAGAUCUACAAGUUCUUCCCCCAAUUAAUGCGCAACCUGAGCGACAGGGACCGCACAAUUAUAGUCUCGUUCCAAGUCCUCUUGGACACUGCCAAAGAGCAUUUGUACCGUUCAUCCAAGAGCGAAAUAAGCAAGGAGCGGAUGCUGCACGAGAUGUACCACAAGAACGAGGACAUCCGGAAGAAGAUCGCAAAUGUGCGAAAGGACCUGGCUAGUCGCCGCAUUAUGGAGAAAUGGAAGCUGACGGCCAAGGGAAUCUUGCUGUUGAAGGUCGAGGACGAUCUGGCCUACAAGAAGUGGCAGAACAAUGUCCGAAUUCAGAACGAGAUCGAGAAAUGCAGCCGCGCCAUGCGCAUUAACCACAGGAGCAGCUUGGAUAAGCAAAAGGAGCUGGAGGAGCAGCUGCAGAUUUCCAGGGAUGCCUACGCAAAGCUCACUUAUCAGCAUCUGAUGGAAGAGCAGGAGGCCCGCAAUGAAAAGAACAAGCUCCUGUUGCAGCUGCAGAGUCUGGUUAAGAAGUACGACGCGAACAUGGGGGAUGUGAUCCGGGAGAAUUUGGUGCUCCAAGACCAAUAUAUGGUGGCUAAGAAGGCGCUUGAUAGCUUCAUGGUCGUGUACCGGCGCGAGGAGGCCGUUUACAAUGACAUCGUUGUGCAGCGGGAAGAGGAGGAGCGCCGACGCCAACAGCAGCGCCUUGUCGUCUUCAUGAUGAAUCGGGCAGCCUCCAAGAUACAAAAGUAUUGGCGAAAGUGGCGCAAGGAUCAGCGCAAGAAGAACAAGCGUCUAAAGAAGGCAAAAAAGGGAAAGGGCUAGGGAAUUAUAUUUAUUUGCUCAUUAGUUUCGUUAGUUGUACAAUUCAUACGAGCUAAUAUACGAGAAAUAGUUUUGGCCACCACGAA